AUGCCGUUCGGACUUCAGAGCAAUUCCUUCUCGAGCGGGCACGGCACCGAGGCCAACGGCCACAUCUCCACGGCGAUGGGGAUGGCGACCGUCGCGGGCGGCGACGUCUCGACGUCGAUGGGCGUCGGCACCUACGCGGCCUCGUAUGGCGAGGUGGCGAUCGGGAUGUACAACGAGGCGCCCGCCGCCGCCUCAACGCACGGGAUCGCAAGCGCGGAUGCGGUGCUGCGCGUCGGCACCGGAAGCUCGGCAAAGGCUCGCCGCGACUCGCUGCGCGUCAUGAAGUCGGGCGCUGUCGUGGUGUUGGCGGCGGACGGCACCACGUUCGACGUCGCGACCGAGCUGGCUAAGAUCAGCGCCGGAGCCGCACCAUCGACGCCCAAGGCCGACCGCGUCGCGGCACUCGAGGCAGAGGUGGCCCAGCUCAAGGAGAUUGUCGCGAAGCUCGUCCAGCUUGCGGGAGUCACCGACAACGGCGCAGGCCGCUCGAGCGAGGUCGAGCUCUCCAACGCGUAAAGCCCCUCCCCCGCCCAACUCCCCCGCGGGGGGUGGAGCAGGGUGCCGCUCCCCAUUCCCCGGGGAUGUCUCGUCGCUCGAGUCAAUUUUGAGGACCCCGCGAGCGGCGAGAGGGCGCGAGCGAGGGGGGGCUGAGACGGGCGCGCCGCCGCACGCCGCCGUCGCCGCCCGGGGUAGGGCCAUGUGAGUAGAGCGAUGGGCCUCUCGCUGUAUAUUUUAUGGCGACACUCCGGUGUGUACUCUCUCCGGUGUGUUGUCGUGUACAUUUCAUACACUCCCCA